AUGGGCUUUCUGUCUUCUCUCCGUUCGACAAGGCCUGAUUUGUUCGAGGACAGCGAUGGAUCCUCCAAGUCGGAAGAGCCCCUUUCUCCGCUCCAUGCGGCAGUUGAUGCGGAAGAUGUGGACCAGUUGCGCCGAUUGGCCGUCACCGCGGACCCUGUCGAUCUGACUGCCGCUUUAUAUCGAUCUUGCCAAUGGGGUAAGAUAAACAGCGCGCAGGCUCUGCUUGAGACCGGGCGAUGUGAUGCCAACGCGGCGGUGGAGGGAGACACGGUUUUAUUCUUGGCCGCGAAAAAAGUCGACUUGGUCAUGGUCAGACUCCUGCUUCAGCAUGGGGCCGAUGCCACAAUCAGGUCCAAGAACAAGCGGCCCGGAGACAAGCCCCCAGCAUUUACACCCCUCCACGGAAUGGCGGACAGCCUGCGUUCCUACGAAAACUUGGAAGACCUGCCCCGCUACGAAGCGCUGAUACAGUUACUGCUGGAUGCAGGGUGCGACGUCAAUGCACAGGAUGCCAAUGGAAAUACCGCGCUACUGCUCUCCGUACACAAUGAGACCGCCCUGGUUCCAUUUCUCCUGCAACAUGGCGCGGACCCGAAUAUCGCAGAGGACGGGGGAGGCACCUCUGCGCAUUUCCUCCACCACCCCAUAGAUCACCCAGAGUGGUUCAAAGGCCUUAUGGCGCAUGGAGCCCGCCUAGACAUUGUUCGAGAAGGCGGCGACACCCCGCUGCAUGCCUAUGCGUCUAAAUGGCAGCUGGACGAUCUGUCGCUGUUCAAGCCCUUUGUGUCGGAUUGGUCGAUUACUGACGGCAAUGGCAACACACUUCUUCAUACCGCCGCUGCGAAGCAUCUUCCCGGGAGCAAAACCAUAGUGGAAUUGCUGAAGGUCGGAAUUGACCCGAACCAGAGGAACCAUGAAGGCCAACAGCCAAUUCACAUGGUGGAGGGCUUCGAACAAAGUGUCCAGGAAGUAUUGGAUAUUCUCUGCGCAGCCGGUGCAGAUCUCGAGGCUAAAGAUUAUCGUGGAUGCACGCUUCUCACCAAGGCCAUGCGCAGCCCGCAGUGGAAUUGUCGCGAGCUCCUCCCCCACCUCAUCAGUCGCGGUGCCAAUAUCAACGCGCAGGAUUAUAAAGGCAACGGGAUUCUAUCGUAUCUGAUCAGACCAUACCAUUUCCAACCCGAGUAUUUGGACUUUUUACUGUCCCUUGGAGCAGAUCCAAAAAUGGUAAAUUAUGAAGGAGACACAUUCCUGCAUCAGCUGGCAGCCAAUUUUGCUACUAUCAACCAAGAUCAGGCACUUUUAGUCAUGAUUCAACUUAUCAAAAUGGGCGUCUCCCCGACAAUUCCCAAUUUCCGAGGCCGGACGCCUCUGCAUAUGCUAUGUAGUCAGUCCUCAGACCAUUUGUUCGCGGCGACCGCAGAGGGAGGCAAGUCUGCUGUCGAUUUACUCCUGGAUGCGGGUUUUGUUUUCGCUCUAAACAUGGGUGAUCACCAGGGAAUCCGACCUAUUCACCUUGCCGCCACAGUUUCGGAGCACCUGGUUGGUAAAUUACUCGAUCGCGGGGCUGAUCCAACAGUUUCAACAAAGGAUGGCCGCAAUCUGUUGCAUAUUGCGUCAACCGCGCGUCAAAGUAACUGUGUUGGACUGAUCUUGGCCCACUACGACCCCAAGGAGCUGGCUUCAAUGCUCAAUGCGCAGUCGGAAGAUGGGAGAACGCCGUUGCAUGUAGCCUGCCGUUCUGGAAGACUGGAGAGUGUGAAACUCCUCCUCGCAUACGGAGCAGAUGUCAAAAUCGAAUGCAAGAACAAUCGUACCGCUCUAGAUGCAUGUGCCGAGUCCAUUGACGAAGACCAGCUCUGGCAGGUGGCCGACGAUCAAGGAAACAUGAUGAACACGCGCUCCGCGGCAGGUAUUUUGGCAGGCGACAACAAUCGGCCGACACAGCCCGCAUCAAAUAUGAAGCAGACUCGUAACAAUACCAAAAGUCUGGGGUGGAAAGGAGAAAUCACAUCUGAGAGUUCGACACUCGGAAUUGGACGAAUCCUGCGAGCAUUGGCAUCUCAUGGUGCCUUCGCAUAUAAAAAGGAAUUUGGCGGUGGCCCCAUGUAUAAUGCGGUUGCCGAGGGAAACGAGGAAAUGGUCGUUGAAUUGGACCGGUUAUCACGAGAAAUGAGCCUUGAGAUGGAAGAUUUCCGCCCUUCCAAUACUGAAUUCUAUCUGCUGCGGUCUCAGCACCUCCCGGACCUCCUUCAGGAACAAUUCAAGGAGUAUGUUUCUGAACGGAAUGUGCUCCCAAUGAUCUUGCUCGGCUACCACGAGGAGGUUGCACAGGCACUGGAGAAGAACGCUUCGAUUAUCGAGGACAAGUCCUCCAUGCCAGCGCUCAUGACCUCGCUCGCGAGAUGGGGAUUUUCGGAGCUCUUUAGCCGGAUUGGCAGCACCAUGACCGGCAACUGGAUCAACGGCGACCCCAAUCCUCGGGCCAAGAAGCCGACUCCAUAUCUUCUGACGGCUGGUCAGCGAGACCUUCCUAAUUUGGAUGUUAUUCAGGUCAUGGUCGAGAAGUUCAACGCGGAUGUCAACAUCAGAUUUGAGGCGGGCAUGGUCGAUAAGCCCAAGGUAUACUACCAAUCAACCAUGGCACUGAAACGGCAUUACAAGCCGGGUGACACCAUCCUUCAUCAACUGGCCCAAGGUACGCACUGGUGGUAUGAAGGAGCCAUCCAGUACCUCUUGGAACAUGGAGCCGACCCCAACGCCCAAAAUGACCAGGGCAAGACGCCCUUAUGCAAUGCCGUUUCACGGGGAGAGCUCGGCGGCCACCGCCAGCUUGAAAUCACCAGAAUCUUGCUGGAGGGCGGCGCCGAUCCUAACAUCCCUGCGACGUGUGGCUAUACCCCGCUGGCCAUGUCGGCGCAUGACACCCAGUUGUUCGAAUUACUUAUCGAACAUGGAGCAUAUCCCUCUCAGGACCACCCUAUGGAACUCUUCGUUGCAUUAUAUAGUUUCAACAAAGACGUGGUCUCCGCUCUCUUGGAAAUGGACCUGGACUGCAACACGACGGUGUUAUCUGAUGCGCAGCCCCAUUGGCACACCCACCGUUUCAAAAAGGUUCCAGUGAACCAUGGGCUCGUCCUAAGCCCUCUUAUGUACAUCUCAAUGCUACCAUUUAACGAAGCCAACAGCCGUGACCACGCCUGUAGGAUGAUUCGAUUCCUGCUAGAGCGCGGGGCAGAUCCCUUCCUACCUUGUCACGCGAACCAAGUGGUCCUCCACGAGAUUUUCGCCAGCGGAGGAAUCAUCCAACCGUGGUUAGAUAUAACCAACCUUGACCUCGAACGGCGCGACCCUGCAGGAAGAACGCUGCUACUGGCAGCGGCGAGCUGUGCAACUGGAACUGACUCGUAUGCCUGCACGGUCUCGGCGUACCCACUUCGAGGUGGUCAAAUUGGACUAGCGCCCUGGAAGGAGGGCGACCCUACGCGUGCAAUGACGCUGUAUGAACGGGGAGCGGACUUAACCGCAGUAGAUUACGAAGGAAAUAACGCGUUGCAUCAUCUCGCUGAUGUUGACUGCUCCAAUAAUCACUUCGCGAUGAUUGAAUUUCGACGGACAUUGGCAUUGUUUGUGGAUAAAGCACCGGAAUUGGUACACCAGACCAAUGUGCAUGGACAGACGCCCUGGUCGAUUGCCGCGGAGAAGAAUUUCGAGGAGUUCAUGGAGAUUUUACGGACAGAUGAUGUGCGCGCAUAA